AUGCAAGUAUUGAAUGGCCCGUUUGAAGCUUUGUAUGCUCGAAAAUGUCGAAGCCCGAUAUGUUGGAAUGAUAUAAGUGAAACGAUUGUACUUGGGCCAGAGUUUAUCGAGGACACCGUGAAGCAAGUCAGGGUUGGCAAGGUGGCUUAUCGUUUAGAGUUACCUAAUGAGUUGAGCAAGGUACAUAAUGUCUUUCAUGUGUCACAAUUGAAGAAGUAUAUUGCAGAUUCUUCUCAUGUGGUGCAGCCUGAAUCUAUCGAAUUGGACGAGACCUUAACCUAUGAGGAAAGACCGAUUAAGAUCCUAGAUAGCAAAGUCCGUACUACUAGAAACAAGGAUGUAAAGUUAUUGAAAGUUCUUUGGUCCAAUCACAAAACCGAGGAAGCGACUUGGGAGGCUGAGGACGAAAUGCGUAGAAAGUACCCAGAGUUGUUCAUUGAGGUUAGUAGAGUUACGGGGGCGUAA